AUGUCGUCUUGGAAUAUCACCAAGAAGCUCAAAGAGACGCAUCUUGGUCCCCUAACGUCUACCUUUUCUCGAACCCCAUCUUCACAAACUCUUAGGGAAUCAUCCAAAGAUGAGAAAUCUGGCACACCAAGUCCGGCACCAUCUAUCAACGAUAAUGGAAUAGCUGCUUCCGAAGCCAUAGCCACUCAACCACAAUCCGCUCCUCGACCGGGUAUUCUCAUCGUUACUCUUCACGAAGGAAGUGGAUUCUCUCUACCAGAUCAGUAUAAACAAGUCUUCAGCAAUCAUACACAGAAUUCAUUAUCUGCGGGAAAUGGCUUUGGAGUUGCAGGUUCAGUACGUUCCGGGGCUUCAAACCAAGUCGCUGGAUCUUAUUCGAAUACGAGACCACAAACAUCUGGAGGUGGAAUUCAAGUUCCUACUAACCAUGGACGUAUCUCCUCCAAAUACCUUCCAUAUGCCUUGUUAGAUUUCGAUAAGAUGCAAGUUUUUGUCAAUUCGGUUGCAGGAUCCCCUGAAAACCCCUUGUGGGCUGGAGAUAAUACUCAAUACAAGUUUGAUGUUUCAAGAGUUACCGAAUUAGCAGUUCAUUUAUAUCUCCGAAACCCAAAUGCGCCUCCGGGAUCCGGUCGAAGUCAAGAUAUUUUCCUUGGUGUUACGCGCAUCAACCCUCGAUUCGAAGAAAAGCACAAAUACGUCGAAGACCCCAAGUUGGGAAAAAAAGACAAGGAAAAGGCCGCUGCAGAAUUUCAAAGAAGAGAGAGCACAUUGGGACAGAGUGGACCGGAAUGGUUAGACGUUCAAUACGGUACUGGAAAGAUUCGCAUUGGCGUUGAAUAUGUUGAGAAUAGAACAAGAGCAUUGAAGAUUGAAGAUUUCGACCUAUUGAAAGUGGUUGGAAAAGGAAGUUUUGGAAAGGUCAUGCAAGUCAAGAAGAAAGAUACCCAACGAAUUUACGCCCUCAAGACCAUUCGAAAAGCUCAUAUUAUUUCACGAUCAGAAGUCGCACACACGUUGGCAGAAAGAUCGGUCCUUUCUCAAAUCAACAAUCCAUUCAUUGUUCCUCUCAAGUUUACUUUCCAAUCGCCAGAAAAGUUAUAUUUCGUCUUGGCAUUUGUCAACGGCGGUGAACUCUUCCAUCAUCUUCAGAAGGAAUCUCGCUUCGACAUCAAUCGUUCAAGAUUUUAUACAGCCGAACUACUUUGCGCUUUAGAAUGUUUACAUGGUUUCAACGUCAUCUAUCGUGACUUGAAACCAGAGAACAUUCUUUUGGAUUACUCGGGUCACAUUGCACUUUGUGAUUUUGGCUUGUGUAAACUUGACAUGAAGGAUGAGGAUCGCACCAAUACCUUCUGUGGAACUCCCGAAUACUUGGCACCAGAAUUGUUGAUGGGACAAGGUUACACUAAGACGGUUGAUUGGUGGACCCUUGGUGUUUUGCUCUAUGAGAUGUUGACUGGUUUACCUCCUUUCUACGAUGAGAAUACCAAUGAGAUGUAUCGCAAGAUUUUGAGCGAUCCAUUGAACUUCCCUGGACCUGAAAUUGUUCCACCUGCUGCUAAGGAUCUUUUGCAGAAACUUCUCAACAGAAAACCAGAUCUAAGAUUGGGUGCAAAUGGUGCAUCGGAGAUUAAGGCCCAUCCUUUCUUCCACAGUAUUGAUUGGCGAAAGUUACUUCAAAGAAAGUAUGAGCCUACAUUCAAACCUAACGUGACGGAUGCCCUUGAUACCACCAACUUUGAUGUAGAAUUUACCUCCCAAGCACCAGCCGAUUCAUUGGUAGAGGGUGGACAGUUGUCAUCCACCAUGCAAGAACAAUUUACUGGAUGGUCUUACAACAGACCGGUUGCUGGAUUGGGAGAUGGAGGCGGAAGUAUCAAAGAUCCAAGUUUCGUAGGAAGUGUACAGGAUAGAUAG